GCACUCCCUCUGGGGCGGGGCGGAGGAAGGGGUUGGAUGUGGCAGAGCCAGGCCCAGCUGGUGCGGCUCAGACACCCCCGCCAUCUCCACGACCAGAGCCAUGGCAUCCUAUCCAUCCGGCUCGGGCAAACCCAAGGCCAAAUAUCCCUUUAAGAAGCGUGCCAGCCAGCAGCCCUCCUCUGCAGUACCAGAGGCUCGGGGUGGGCUGGGGGCCCCUCCGCUGCAGUCUGCCCGAUCCCUGCCAGGCCCUGCCCCCUGCCUCAAGCACUUCCCGCUCGACCUACGCACGUCUAUGGAUGGCAAAUGCAAGGAGAUCGCGGAGGAGCUGUUCAGCCGCUCCCUGGCUGAGAGUGAGCUCCGCAGUGCUCCGUACGAGUUCCCCGAGGAGAGCCCCAUCGAGCAGCUGGAGGAGCGGAGGCAGCGCCUGGAGCGGCAGAUCAGCCAAGAUGUCAAGCUGGAGCCCGACAUCCUGAUUCGGGCCAAGCAGGAUUUCCUGAAGACGGACAGCGACUCAGACCUCCAGCGCUACAAGGAGCAGAGUGAGGGGCAGGGUGACCGGGGUCUGCGGGAGCGUGAUGUGGUACUGGAGCGGGAAUUUCAACGGGUCACCAUCGCCGGGGAGGAGAAGUGUGGGGUGCCAUUCACAGACUUGCUGGAUGCCGCCAAGAGUGUGGUGCGGGCCCUGUUCAUCCGGGAGAAGUACAUGGCACUGUCUCUGCAGGGCUUCUGCACCACCACCCGCCGGUACCUGCAGCAGCUGGCUGAGAAGCCCCUGGAGACGCGGACCUAUGAGCAGGGCCCCGACACCCCUGUGGCUGCAGAUGCCCCAGUGCAUCCCCCAGCGCUGGAGCAGCACCCCUACGAGCACUGCGAGCCCAGUGCCAUGCCGGGGGACCUGGGCCUGGGUCUUCGCAUGGUGCGAGGCGUAGUGCACGUCUACACCCGCAGGGAGCCUGAUGCACAUUGCUCCGAGGUAGAGCUGCCGUACCCCGACCUGCAGGAGUUUGUGGCUGACGUCAACGUGCUGAUGGCCCUGAUUAUCAACGGCCCCAUAAAGUCGUUCUGCUACCGCCGGCUGCAGUACCUGAGCUCCAAGUUCCAGAUGCAUGUGCUGCUCAAUGAGAUGAAAGAGCUGGCCGCCCAGAAGAAGGUGCCACACCGAGAUUUCUACAACAUCCGCAAGGUGGACACACACAUCCACGCCUCAUCCUGCAUGAACCAGAAACACCUACUGCGCUUCAUCAAGCGGGCGAUGAAGCGACACCUGGAGGAGAUCGUGCACGUGGAGCAGGGCCGUGAGCAGACGCUGCGGGAAGUCUUCGAGAGCAUGAAUCUCACCGCCUAUGACCUGAGUGUGGACACGCUGGAUGUGCAUGCGGACAGGAACACCUUCCAUCGCUUUGACAAGUUCAAUGCCAAAUACAACCCUAUUGGGGAGUCUGUCCUUCGAGAGAUCUUCAUCAAGACAGACAACAGAGUUUCUGGGAAAUACUUCGCUCACAUCAUCAAGGAGGUGAUGGCAGACCUGGAGGAGAGCAAAUACCAGAAUGCAGAGCUGAGGCUCUCCAUCUAUGGGCGCUCGAGGGACGAGUGGGACAAGCUGGCACACUGGGCCGUGAUGCAUCGCGUGCACUCCCCCAACGUGCGCUGGCUCGUGCAGGUGCCCCGCCUCUUUGACGUCUACCGUACCAAGGGCCAGCUAGCCAACUUUCAGGAGAUGCUGGAGAACAUCUUCCUGCCGCUGUUCGAGGCCACCGUGCACCCCGCCAGCCACCCGGAGCUGCACCUCUUCUUGCAGCAUGUGGAUGGCUUUGACAGCGUGGAUGAUGAGUCCAAGCCCGAGAACCACGUCUUCAACCUGGAGAGCCCUCUGCCCGAGGCGUGGGUGGAGGAGGACAACCCGCCCUACGCCUACUACCUGUAUUACACCUUCGCCAACAUGGCCAUGCUGAACCACCUGCGCAGGCAAAGGGGCUUCCACACAUUUGUGCUGCGGCCGCACUGCGGGGAGGCUGGGCCCAUCCACCACCUGGUGUCGGCAUUCAUGCUGGCUGAGAACAUCUCGCACGGGCUGCUUUUGCGCAAGGCCCCAGUCCUGCAGUAUCUGUAUUACCUGGCCCAGAUCGGCAUUGCCAUGUCCCCGCUCAGCAACAACAGCCUCUUCCUCAGCUACCACCGGAACCCGCUACCUGAGUACCUGUCCCGCGGCCUCAUGGUCUCGCUGUCCACUGAUGACCCCCUGCAGUUCCACUUCACCAAGGAGCCACUGAUGGAAGAGUACAGCAUCGCCACCCAGGUGUGGAAGCUGAGUUCCUGCGAUAUGUGUGAGCUGGCGCGUAACAGUGUGCUCAUGAGUGGCUUCUCCCACAAGGUGAAGAGCCACUGGCUGGGACCUAACUACACCAAGGAGGGUCCCGAGGGCAAUGACAUCCGCCGUACCAAUGUGCCAGACAUCCGCGUGAGCUACCGCUACGAGACCCUGUGCCAGGAGCUGGCGCUCAUCACGCAGGCUGUCCAAAGUGAGAUGCUGGAGACCAUUCUGGAGGAGCAAGGUGUCACCAUGAGCCCGGGGCCUCAGUGAGCCUGGCCCACAUGGUGUCCCCCGCAUCUCAGAACUCUGACCACGUUUUGUCCUCGGACCCCUCCCAGCCCGUUGUGUCCUGCAUGUGUCCGUUCUCCUUUGUCCUGCAUGUCUCUGACCUGUAUCUGUCUCUGUGCCACCCCAGUGAGAGCAGUGCCCAGGAUCUGCUCCACCUUGUUUUGGCUCAGGUGGCACCCAGUGGCCCAGGUUUGAGGGCUGCCUUGCUGGCGACCCUGUCCUAGGAUCCUCUGAAACCUGGUUGUCCACUGGGGCCCUAGGGAUGGUUGUGGAGGGCUGGCCCCUCUAGCCUUUGGGGUACUGCCUGGGCAAAUCUGAGCUUUGGCCACGGCUUGAGUGUAGGCCCCCAUCUUGUUUACAUGGCUGAGGGACAGUCAGAUGGGGCCUAUGCACAUCUGCUGUCAGCACAGGGUUGCUGGGGGCUUCGUGGGGCUCCAGCCGCGCUACGAUGGGUAGAGCUCGGCUGAGAGCUCAGCCGUAGCCCUGGCUCCCGGGACUCAGGUCUUGGAGGUGCUAGACCACCACCUCUGCCAAGUCACUGCCCAGCAGCCUUCUCUGUCCUUCCUCCAGUCCACGUGCUCCUGUGGCGUCAGCUUCCUGUGCCUCUGUGGGAGGGGGCAGCCACCCUGUGCCAUGUCUGGGGCCACUGCAGCUGGAGGGUCCUACACCUGCCACCAGCCCUGGGGAUGGUAUCCCCAGUAUGGUCCCAGAGUUUUGACCAGAGACUUGGAUCCUGGCUGGUCCCCUAUGUUGUUUUCCGGACCGAGGUCUUUGCUGUGAAAUGCAGUGUUUCAUACAAUCCCGUCUUUCCUAAUGCAUGAGAAAUAAAGAUUAUUUAAGUAAGGAG